AUGUCUAGAAUUGAUGUCAGCAAACUCAUUGUCUUGAUCCAAGACAGGCCAGAGAUUUGGGAUUGCCGACAAAAUAUGUACCAAGACCGUGUGCGAAAGGAUCGUUCAUGGGAAGAGAUCGCGCAGGAGCUCUUGCCUGAUGAAUGGGAAAGAUACAGAUCUGAGAAACGUAUGGGACUUGUAAAAAGACUAAAAACAAAAUGGAAUUCAUGCCGUGAUCAAUUUCGCCGUGAGUUCAAUGCCAACAAAGGUCACAGUGGCGAUGGGAAACCGAAAAAAAAACCUUAUCUCUACACCAAGGAUUUACAGUUUCUUUUACCUAUAAUGGACCUGCGACCUACUGUGGACAAUCUGGAGGCUGAAGGUGACUCUUCAACUGACAUAGAAAAUCCAACACCACCACCAUCAUGUUCCACAGCCGCUGUAGAAAUGGAGGAUGUUCCAAGACCAGAUGAGGAAAGUCACCAGGAAACUUCGCCUCAACAGCCUACUCAGCGUCCAAGCAAAAAAAGGAGGGGAGGCAGUAAUCCACAAGCUCCCUCUGAGAUGGCCAGAAGAGACUAUAUUGACUCUCAAGUUUUGGAGUACUUGAACAAAAACAAAUCUGAGACACCAGAGGAAAAAAUGUUACGUUCACUGUCGGUUGGUUUAUCUCGAAUACCAGAAGACCGCCAUAUGAUGUUUGAUAAAAAGUUCAUCAAAAUCAAUUAA